GGGCCGGCCUCCGCCUCCCCGACUUCAGUCCCAGCAGACGCCUCGCAGACGGUGAACUGCCACAGGCGCCAGGCCAGGCGAAGCGGCUGAGGAACUGGAGCUGGGAACAGGGGAGGGACCGGCGGGUGAAGGGGAGGCCCCUGACUCAGGCCCUGGCGCCUCGCGGAAGAGGGACGCGCAGUGGCGGACAAACUUCGCCUCUCUCUCUCGGACCUCAACGAGUUGGUGAGAAAAGGGGGUGCCAAGGGGCUUGAGGGCGCGAAUGCAGGCAGAGUUGAACGAGGGAGUGCUUCUCAGAGUCCAAAAUGCCCGAACCACUGCGUCCUCUGGUGAGGGGAGGAUUUUCCUGCUGUCUGGAAGAGGGAAAAGGGGUCAAUGAUCACUGGUGAUGGCUCAGGCGCCAUCACCAGGUGGCAGGAGGCCGGGUGGCAGGACACUGUUUCUGAGGCACUUUUGCAUAAUGCCAGGGCUGGAACAGAGACCCAUGAGGCUCUUCCCUGCCUGCAGAGCCCUCCAGGUUGCCGGGAGUGACCCCCAAAUCACCCAGGGUUAGUGUAUCCCUGCUAAGCACAGCGCCUGGCUGUGGCACAUCCACCAGCAGUGCUGGAUGGCUGAAGGGACUGCAAGCUGAACCUGGAGGAGGUGCCACUGAGAGACGGGGAGGCCAGUCCAGGCAGGAGGGAUGGCAUGAUCACAGGUCCGGAGAAGGGAGACUCAGAAAUGGACGCAUCUUGGGGAGCGGGAGGGGGAAAGGUGGCUGCACCGAGGAGCAGUGGAUAGCUGAGGCCAGGGAACUCAUCAGAGGCCUGACCAAGCAGAGCUUUGAAUGCCGAGCAGAGAACCCCAAAGAACACAGAGAAGCCCACCUAGCCCUGAGCUUCCCCCAUCCCCCGCAGGGACCCUGAGCUCUGUUUUGCCCCUCUCUGGCCAUCGCCUGCUGCUGCCUCCCCCUCUCCCAGCUCUCCAGGGAAACAGUGUUUCUCUGCUUCAGUCCUGAAGGGGCUCCUGGAGACCAUCUUUUGUGCAAUCCACGCUGGCCCGCCGUGACCCCUGCUGUCUGUCACCUGCUCUGCUGGAUCCAGGAUGGCCCCAUGGUGUUACUGUCUCCUCUGCCUUCUGAUCAGGAGUCUCUCUGGGACGCCCUCCAAUUCCCCAGGUGAAUCAAGGAACCCUUGGGUCCCAGCCCCCAUGGCCCCCGGCGAGGUGGUGGAGACUGCAGGUGGGGUGUGCAAGUUCUCUGCACAGCGGCUGAGCUGGUGGCAGGCCCAAGAGUCCUGCGAGCAGCAGUUUGGCCACCUGGCACUGCAGCCCCCUGAUGGAGUUCUUGUUUCACGGCUGCGCGAUCCAGUCUGGAUGGGCCAAAGAGAGGCCCCUCUGAGGAGACCCCCGCAGAGGCGUACGCACACCACCGCCGCGCUGGUGUUCGGCGAGAGGACGGCUGACCGGGCGGCGCGGCUGCGGAGCCCCCUGCCCGAGUUGGCAGCGCUGACCGCGUGUGCUCACCUGCAGUGGGACUGUGCCUCGCCUGACGCCGCCGCUCUCUUUUCCGUUGCCGCACCAGCGCUGCCCAACGCGCUGCAGCUGCGCGUCUUCGCCGAGCCGGGGGGCGUGGUGCGCGCUGCGCUGGUGGUGCGUGGGCACCACGGGCCCUUCCUCUCCGCCUUCCGCGCCGACGGCCGCUGGCACCAUGUGUGCGCCACGUGGGAGCAGAGGGGAGGGCGCUGGGCGCUGUUCUCCGACGGGAGGCGGCGCGCUGGGGCGCGGGGGCUGGGCGCGGGCCACCCGGUGCCGUCUGGCGGCAUCCUGGUGCUGGGCCAGGAUCAGGACUCUCUGGGCGGCGGCUUCUCAGCGCGUGACGCCUUCAGCGGCAACCUCACUGACUUCCAUCUGUGGGCGCGGGCGCUGAGCCCCGCACAACUGCAGCGGGCACGGGCCUGCGCGCCGCCCCACGAGGGCCUACUCUUCCGCUGGGACCCGGGCGCUCUGGACGUCGCGCCCUCGCUGCUGCCCACGGUGUGGGUGCGCCUUCUCUGUCCCGUGCCCUCCGAGGAGUGCCCCACAUGGAACCCGGGACCUCGCACCGAGGGCUUGGAGCUCUGCCUGGAGCCACAGCCCUUCCUCUGCUGCUACCGGACAGAGGCCUAUCGGCGGCUGCAGGAUGCCCAGUCAUGGCCUGGCCAGGAUGUUAUCAGCAGAGUCAAUGCCUUGGCCAAUGACAUUGUGCUCUUUCCAGACCCCCUCUCUGAAGCCCGUGGGGCUCUGUCCCCAGCAGAGGCCUCCAGCUUCCUGGGCCUUCUGGAGCAUGUCCUAGCAAUGGAGGUGUCUUCUCUGGGGCCGGCUGCACUGCUGGCUGUUGUGUGCUUCCUGAAGAGGGUGGCGGCCAUUGGGGCUGGGGAGCCGGAGCUGUUGUUGACAGAGCCGUGGGAGCAGCUGGGCCAGGGCGUCGUAUCCGUGGCCAGCCUGGUCCUGGAGGAGCAGGUGGCUGACGCAUGGCUGUCCAUCCAUGAGGUGGUUGGUGGGCCUAUGGCCCUGGUGGCGAGUGUGCAGCGGCUGGCACCCCUGCUGAGCACCACGAUGACCUCAGAGUGGCCCCAAAUGCGCAUCCAGUACCGUCAUGCUGGCCUGGAGGUGCGGAGCUUACGGUUGAGGGAGGCCAGCAGGAGCGGCUGCUUAUUCACAAUGCCCGGUGGGCGUCCCGAAGGCUCCAGUCACAUCCACAUUCCUGCGGGUGAAAUGAGGCGACUCCUUGGGGAAGGCCUCUCUGGAGUCACCGUGAUUCACAGUUGGUUCACCUCCAGAGUCUUCCAGCAGACCCUGUGGGGGCUGGGCCUAGAGCCCCAGGCCCCUGCCAGCUCAGAGGAGGCAAACAGGGUGCAGAGGUUCCUAAGCACCCAGGUGGGGUCAGCCAUCAUCUCCUCUGAAGUGUGGGAUGAAACUGGAGAGGUCAGCAUGGCUGUGAACUUUCAUCUGCAGCACCAGGCCCAGAGCCCUCUGUUCCCUCCUCAUCCCCCAAGCCCAUAUGCAGGGGGUGCCUGGGCCACCACGGGCUGCUCCGUGGCUGCCCUGUACCGGGACUCCACCGCCUGCUUCUGCAACCACAGCACCAGCUUUGCCGUCCUGCUGCAAGUCUAUGAUGUACAGAGAGGCCCUGAGGAGGAGUCGCUGCUGAGGACCCUCUCGUUUGUGGGCUGUGGCGUGUCCUUCUGCGCUCUCACCACCACCUUCUUGCUCUUCCUGGUGGCCAGGGUCCCCAAGUCGGAGCGAACCACAGUGCACAAGAACCUCACCUUCUCCCUGGCCUCUGCCGAGGGCUUCCUCAUGGCCAGCGAGUCGGCCAGGGGUAAUGAGGUGGCGUGUGUGGCUGUCACCAUCUUGAUGCACUUCCUCUUCCUGGUGGCGUUCUCCUGGAUGCUGGUGGAGGGGCUGCUGCUGUGGAGCAAGGUGGUGGCCGUGAGCAUGCUCCCUGGCCCACGCAUGUGGCUCUACCAUGCUACCGGCUGGGGCGUGCCUGUGGGCAUCGUGGCGGCCACUCUGGCCACACGCCCCCGUGACUAUGUGGCCCCCGGACACUGCUGGCUCAGUGUGCACACAGACGCCAUCUGGGCCUUUGUGGGGCCUGUGCUCUUCGUGCUGACUGCCAACACCUGCAUCCUUGCCCGUGUGGUGAUGGUCACCGUGUCCAGCGCCCGCCGCCGUGCCCGCAUGUUGAGCCCACAGCCCUGCCUGAAGCAGCAGAUCCGGACCCAGAUAUGGGCCACAGUGAAGCCUGUGCUGGUCCUGCUGCCUGUCCUGGGCCUGACCUGGCUGGUGGGCAUCCUGGUGCACCUGAGCCCCACCUGGGCCUACGCUGCUGUGGGCCUCAACUCCGUCCAGGGGCCGUACAUCUUCCUGGUCUAUGGCGUCUGCAAUGAGGAGGUGCAGAGCGCCCUGCAGAGGAUGGCUGAGAAGAAGGUGGCUGAGGGACCUACGGCCCUAGAACCCCCUCAGCCUUCUCCUCCAUUGCAAACCCCGAGAGACAGGCUGUGGAACUGA